AUGCCGUACAGCGGCGAGCAGGAAAAACCUGAGUCACAACUCCAGGUGAUGGCCAUGCUGCUCUUCCCUGUGCAGCUGCUGGCAGUGGCUGUCACCAUCUACCUAGAGCUGGUGAGGUCUGUUCAAGGCGGUGUCUACUAUGGGAUCAAGCAGCUGCCACCCCAGGUGCCCCAGUAUCAACCCCUUGGACAACAAUACAUGAAGGAGGUCCCGCAGAUGCCCCUGCUCGGCAAGGACAUGGCUCCUAAGAAAGAGAAAGAAAUCCCCAUACGCAGCCUGAGGGGUGAGCAAGGUCCCCCCGGCGAGCCUGGACCAAGAGGGCCACCGGGGCCACCAGGAUUACCAGGUCAUGGUGUGCCAGGAGCCAAAGGAAAACCAGGCCCGCAAGGAUAUCCGGGAAUUGGGAAGCCGGGUUUGCCAGGGAUGCCAGGGAAACCGGGGGUCAUGGGGCCCCCGGGGCCACGAGGGGAGAUGGGGCCAAAGGGGGAGAUCGGGCCCAUGGGGAUACCUGGGCCACAGGGACCACCGGGGCCCCACGGGCUUCCUGGGAUAGGGAAAGCGGGUGCUCCGGGGCUGCAGGGGCAGCCGGGGCCGAAGGGCGAGCCCGGGAUGAAGGGGCCCCCGGGCAUCCCCGGGAUCCCAGGGCCAAAAGGGGAGAAGGGCAUCGGCAUCCCAG